GGAUCUUAUGUGAAACGGCCAUCUGCACCGUUCUGGGCAUCUGCUCUGGGCAAGGACUCUUGGGUUCCCAGCGUGUCUUGGGUCCGCUUACCAUGCCACUUAUUACUUCUUGACUUUUCACCUGAGUCAAUCUGCUUGCGCCGAGCCUUUCUCUUGUUUCUUCUCCUCGCGUAUCUUGAGUCUCGAGAGGCGACUUCGCCCAAAAUGCGACUCUUUUCGUUGUUACCACUCUCCCUUCUUGCUACCCUUGCUUUGGGGCAAGAUGAUAAUCUUCCUGCUCCAGGUGAACCUGCGCUCACCUAUACAGAUGGCUCAUUCAGCGAGCCGAAUGGCGGGACCUCGUCCUAUACUCAGGGCAACCAAAUGAAUAUUAGCUGGACCACAACGUACGAGACGACGAGCAUUUACCUCAUCGUUGGUUAUGACUGGGCGAAUCCAAUUCAACUGACCACAAAUACGGCGCAGAGAUGGUUUCAAUGGGAUGUAACGACCGACUCAACUAAUGCAACAGAAAUAUACGUCUUCCGUGGUGUAAAUGGGACUGGAACCGCCGAUCAAAAGGCAACUGGGGGGUUCUUGAGUGCCUCUUUCUACAUACCUGUUAAAGAGAAUGCAACACCGUCAACAACGCUAUCUACCAUUUCAACAUCUGCGACGCAACCGGCUCAAACUUCUGAGUCUGAGUCUUCCACUACUACUACUGCUGCUGCAACAAACACGCCUAGCUCGGGCGGACUCUCCGAAGGAACUAAGAUCGGUAUUGGCGUUGGCGUGGGAGUUGGCGUAUUCGGUCUCGGAGCUCUUGUCGCUGCCAUUGUGUUUUGGCGAAAAUCGAAAGCGAAAAAGCAGCCAAACCCCCAGCCCUAUGAAAUGCCUCUGAACAAUGAUUUCCCACCUCAUUUCCAGCAGAGCCCACAACCCUACAACAGUAACCCGCCAGUGGUCGCCGAAUAUUAUAAACCGCCAGAGACUGGAGAGGUUCGGGGUGCCGAACUCGACGCUGGGCAGGGACAUCAUUUUGUUCCGGAAGCAAACCCCAACAACGCAAUGACAAGGGCUGAACUGCAGUGAUGCAGGCUAAUAUCCCCAUAAUUUAUAUCUAUUUGGAACUUUUCAUGAUACCCAAUCUAACAGAGGUAAAUGUGCGAUUGUAUCGGCAAUCUCAACACCAACCUUUGGCUCGGUCACGAAAUAAUCACCAUCAGACUACCAGCCAUUUUGUAAAAAUACAUCAAAAAAUUAAUAAAGUUGUUACAUACGAUAUAGUGCACGUUGUAUUUACUGCAAUUUUGAUAUAUCGGUCA